AUGAGUUCUAAGUCAAAAUCCAUAGGGAUCAUCGGAGCUCCUUUCUCAAAGGGACAGCCACGAGGAGGGGUGGAAGAAGGCCCUACUGCAUUGAGAAAGGCUGGUCUACUUGAGAAACUUAAAGAGCAAGUUACUAAAUACAUUUUAAUUUUAGCAUGUGAUGUGAAAGAUUAUGGGGACCUGACCUUUGCUGAUGUCCCUAAUGACAGUCCCUUUCAAAUUGUGAAGAAUCCAAGGUCCGUGGGAAAAGCUACUGAGCAGCUGAGUGGUGUGGUGGCAGAAGUCAAGAAGACUGGGAGAACCAGCGUGGUACUUGGCGGAGAUCACAGUUUAGCGAUUGGAAGCAUCUCCGGGCAUGCCAAGGUCCACCCUGAUCUCUGUGUCAUUUGGGUGGAUGCUCACACUGAUAUCAACACUCCACUGACAACCACAAGUGGGAACUUGCAUGGACAACCUGUGUCUUUUCUCCUGAAGGAACUAAAGGGAAAGAUCCCAGAUGUACCAGGAUUUUCCUGGGUGACUCCCUGCAUAUCUGCUAAAGACAUUGUGUACAUUGGCUUGAGAGACGUGGACCCUGGUGAACACUACAUUUUGAAAACUUUGGGUAUUAAAUACUUUUCAAUGAGUGAAGUGGAUAAACUGGGAAUUGGCAAGGUGAUGGAAGAAACAUUCAGCUACCUCCUGGGAAGAAAGAAAAGGCCAAUUCAUCUGAGUUUUGAUGUUGAUGGACUGGACCCGUCUUUCACACCGGCUACUGGCACACCAGUUGUGGGAGGUCUGUCUUACAGAGAAGGGCUCUACCUUACAGAAGAAAUUUACAAAACAGGGCUACUCUCAGGAUUAGAUAUAAUGGAAGUGAAUCCAUCUCUGGGGAAGACAGCAGAAGAAGUGACUCGAACAGUGAACACAGCAGUGGCAAUAACCCUGGCUUGUUUUGGAGCUGCUCGGGAGGGUAAUCAUAAGGAUAUUAACUACCUUAACCCACCUAAGUAA